AUGAAAUUCACUGAGAUGAAACUCCACGCCAUGAAUGCUGUGAAAGCGUACUUCAAAAGGAAUUGGAAAAAAGAAGAUAUGAUGAAUUCUCAGGAAAUUCCCCUGCACGCUUACAAAUGCUUGAAGAAGGUAUAUCUUACCCUAUUCUGUGCCCUGUUGAGCUCUACUGUUGGAUCUUUCUUGCAUUUGAUCUGGGAAGCGGGGGGCUUCUUCACUGUCCUAAUUUCAGCUGCAAGUAUACUCUGCCUUUACUUUACACCAGCAAUGAAAGUGCUUCGUUUUCAGCUUCUUGGGAGGUACAACAAUAGGCUUUGGAACUUUUUGGUUUGGAGCCAUGUUAACAAGACAAAGGAUCGAUCUCUACAUCGGUUGCCUGCUUCAUUCUUACGCCUUUAUGUACCUGUGGCAUGCGCUGUGCUUGCGUUGGACUUGGGGUACUUUGUGAUAUAUAGCCAAGAGAUACUGUACAAUGCUCGCUAUGGAGAUGUUAACUUUGUCAACUGCACAUUCACCGUCUUCUUCCAUUUACCAGCUAUAGUGGUCCAUGCUGCUAGAGUAUAUCUGGUUGCAGAAAGUGAGCACUACAGACAGAAUUAA